UACAUAUUGAACAAAAUUUAUCAACCACAGUUUAACACAAUACGCAUACAUAAUUCCGCGUAUAUACAAGUGGAAUUUCCUGCAAAAUUAACCAGAAGACAAGCUGAUAUCCACAUUCCGUGUUAGACACUCGAGAAAAGCAUGUGUAUUACACAUUUACGUCAGCACCAAAACUAAUCAUUCAAAUUCUUUAUUAUUUAUAAAAUUACAAGACAACAAAAUGGCAAAAACUGUGAUAUCAUCAUCAGACGAAAACAGUGAUAAUGGAAUACAGUUUGAAGCACAAAACUGUGGAAACGAAAAGGGCGAAACGUCAAAAAUCCAACACAAUUCAAAAGAUUUUCGUAUAUUGGACUACUUGAAACGAAACCUCGCUGUCGUGUCGGUUUGUGCCCUCAGCGUAGUGACUGUACUUUUAAUCGUGACCAUAAUUAUUCUGUUGCAAAAGAAUUCUAUGCCAGUCGCUGUCAAACCAGAGGAACCCUCACCAAUAACGCCAACACAAAACUUGACCCUCCCCCAUAAAUUGACGAUCGUUUCGCGCCACGAGUGGCUCGCGCAACCCCCCGUCGAACCCGCCACAGCCCUCCACACCCCCGUGCCAUACGUGAUAAUCGACCACACAGCAACCGAGAACUGUUCUUCCCAAGUUCAAUGCGUCUUCCAGGUUCGCUAUGUCCAAACGCACCACAUCGAAAGUCGCGGUUGGUGGGACAUUGGCAACAAUUUCCUCGUUGGAGGUAACGGCGAUGUUUACGAAGGACGGGGUUGGAAGUCCGAGGGGGCUCACACUUACGGGUACAACGCCCAAAGCAUCGGAAUCGCCUUCAUUGGGACCUUCAAUCGUUACAAACCGCCUCAGAAACAAAUUAUCGCUUGCAAGCUCUUGAUCGCAAAAGGGGUGGAGUUGGGCUACAUUAAGAAGGAUUACAAGUUGCUGGCGUCGAGGCAACUCCAGACUACGAAAAGUCCGGGAGAUGCGUUGUAUGAGGAGAUGAAAACGUGGGACCAUUGGGCGGCAGGUCCUUGAGGAGCUGUGAUUUGUGUGAAAGUGUGUGAAAUAUAUGGAAGUACAAUUGAAAAAAGGGGGAUGUCGUGGUACCUGUGUCUGAUCCAGUUUAAACAAUUUUGUAUACUUGCUACAAACCGUUGUUCUGAAUCAAUCUAGUCGAAAUAAAAUAAUUAUUAUAAUUAUUAGUAAUUAAUUAAUAAAUAAAAACUUUUCACAUUCUACAA